GUUAAUUGCUCAUCCUGGUGAACUUGAAGACGAGCCAGUUGGUCAAACAUUAGGUGAACGUCCAGCUGGAGAAUCUAUUGGUAGCACUUCCGAAGAUCAAGAUGAUGGUGAAAUUCAGGAUGGAGAACAAACAGCACAAUCUUUACAAUGUAAUGAUUGUCAGAAAUUACUUCGUGAUGCAAACGCUGCGCAAAUUCAUGCAACUAAAACUGGUCAUGUAAAUUUUUCUGAAUCGACCACUGCUAUUAAGCCAUUAACAGAAGAAGAAAAGAAAGAAAAAUU